AACGAAUAAAGAAACGUGCCAAAGCAUUCGAUUCACAGGUUAUACGUGCAUCGCCUGCAAGCGGUCUUAGUGUAGUUUGCCUCCAAAAAUCAAUUCGCGACGCCGAAAUCAAUAGCGGAUACGUACGACACUGCAAUCAACACCGCGGGGAGUUGUAGCUGGUGUCAAUACUGCGUCCAGCUGUAGCAGAACUACAAAACGAAAACAACUCUAGAAGCCACCUCCAACCACGACAAGGUCACCUACAACUUCUUUCUCUCGCCCUGGAGGUUCUCACCAUUUUUCUUCAUACCUUGCUUGUAGAGCCCUUCGCAACUCACAGGAUUCUUAUCGGAUUAGUUCUUAAACAAGAAGCAUUACGUAGGAAGCACCUUCAACUUGUUUUUAACUGCAGAAACCUAUUAAUUGCUCAAUAAUUGUCGUUCCUACUAGGGCCUCUUAGCUCAUCACCCUAACAACAGCCAAGAGAAGAGUUGUAGUUCUUGGACGCAUGCUAUAACAUCUACAUCAGCUCCUGCAAGCUAUUCAAUAAUUGAGCGUUUAUAAUUGUCAACGUAGGUUGUAAACGUAAAGGUCAUAUAGGGGAGGCAACUAGCCGUUCCGCGUCCUUGUGGAUACGAAGAGGAAGACAACAUCAACCGCGGCCGUAAUCAUGAUAAUGUGUCAAGCGGUAUCUCUAGAGACGGCUAAGGCGUACGUGUAGAUUUUCUUUGUUCAAUUCUUUUCGUUUUUCUUUUUUCAUUUUUCAUCACAAGAAUCUGUCGUUUGAUAAUUUGCAAGUUCAGAAGUUUGAUUGGAGGUAAUUAAGUAUUUCAAUUUAGGUUCCCCACUUCCGACCGGUCAGUUGUACUAGUAGUGUUUAUAAUAGUUUUUUCGUUCACCACAGUCUGUGCAAAUCCUCGAUAAUGAUCUUGUUUGUAAUAUUUGUAUCACCUACUUAGUAUACUUAUUCUUAUCUUAUCCUGCUAGUGCUACAUUGUCCUCUACUGGCGAUCAAAGUAUCAGCCAAGAGGCAGUGUUCCCAAGGACAGUGGUAUGUUGCAAAAUGAGUUUGAACAUGAAAAUUGUAUAGUCGUUCUUUGGCAUUGUGGUGGAUUUUUUCAGUAGAAAGAUAGAUUAACUGACAUAAACACUUUUUUAUUUCUCCCUGUAAUAUGGUGUAGUGAUAUCGUUGGAAUGACUUGAUGUUGUUGUAAUUUGAUUUUCUUCCCGUGCUCCUGCAGCUUCUUCUUUUUCUUUCGUUUCAGUCGUUUAGAUCAGUUCUUUUCUCGUUAUUAAGAGUUUGCAAAAAAACUCGGAGGCAUGAUCAAUCUGGUGAUUGUGUUUCCUAGCGUUUGAAGCUGAUCAGCAGCUCGUUUGAUAGUAUGUAGCUAGUGUGACCCCACGACUGCAGCAGCUUUCAAGCAGUGCUGCCGUUUUUUUGCUUCUACGUUUUUAGAUUCUUCUUGCAUGGGCUUUUUUAUUUUCUCAUAAGUAUUGCAAAUGCAAUAUUCAUAUUGUACAUUCCGAAUGGAAUCUUGUAGCUAGUGCUUAGUUCUUUGUCUUUUUCUGAUGUCUCAUUUUCACGGGGCGAAUUUCAAUUCUUUUUUGGGGAAACGGAGCGUACAAGUAGGAUUAUAUUUGAAACCGAGUUCUUCAUCUUCAUUCGGUCUAUCGAUAUCUCACCUCUCGCGGGCGGAAGCGUGGGUCUUUCCGAGCGUGUAAGGAGUGAGACAACAAGAAUCGUCAUAUGAUGAUGAAGCAUCUGCACCAGUCGAAUGAUGGAGGUGCAUGGAAGGAGGAUGUCCACGACGAAGGAUCACAUGAGGACGGUGGCGCUGUAGGAAUUGACUCAGCCAUAAACGAGGCUGAGGAUCAUGAACAUGAUUAUGGAACAGGGUAUCUUUAUCUAUGAAGAGCACUUAAUCAAAAUAAAAAUCUAUGAUAGAAGCAGUGAUCUAUUCAGAUACAUAUGAGUACUUACUUAAUCAAAUAUGAUAGAAAUUGAAGUGAUCUAUUUCUAUUCAGCAAUCUUCGUGGCUAUGGCAAGAACUUCAGAACGCUUCUUGGGAAUGGCAAGUUCUUCCCAGACCUCUAACGUAUUCGAACCCCAGACCGCCCCAGACGCGGAUGUACUGUCGACAGUUACAGACGUGGCCACCUGUCAGAAUCCGUAACCAUCGAGUUCCACCAAGGUGCCACGAUGAUCCGGACAACCUGUCCUUCCUCAUCAAAGUUAUGUUUAUGAUGGACCUUGAUAUGUUUAGAGCUGUCCGGAAUUCAUCUUUCAAGUGCAUCCUUGAAAAGUGUGGGGGAGUAUUCCCUUAGGAUACUCCUCCAUACGUUUCAAGGAUGCGUCCAAAGAUUUAUUAUGUACCGCCUUAAUAUGUAUAGUAAUUAAGUUUUUACUGUUAAUGUUACAGAACAAAUUUAUUAUUUGAAGCAAUAGAUACAGCUACAUGAGAUGAAACAUAUUUAUAAUUUGUCUUGUUUUCAGGUGAAUAGAGUCCAGAAUUGAUGAGAGACGCAGUAGAUCUGAUGAACUGGAAGAUUCGUCCUCUCUAAGCAAUGAAGGUCGAAGACUGGAGGCGGUCGUGGCGGACUUAGGCGGAAGCAGUCCAUCUCGUGGGUUCUUCUCAAAAACUAGACUGAGUUUCAACUCAGAAGAUCCCACUCGCAGUGUCUCAACAUGCGCACCAGAAAGUCCGGCAACAACACAUGGUAUCUUCAAUCUAGUGAGAGCUUCUAGAGGACUGGAAUCUUGAAUGAGAAGUAAUUGCGUUCAGUUGUACAUGAAUACCUUCAUCCUACUUGUUCGAAUUCCUUGAUUGAAUAUGAAUAAUCGCCCAUCUUCUAGUACUUACUACGACAGACAACAUCGGCAGGUACGACAAUGACGAUGGGCAGAUGCGGUGGACGGUUUUUUCUUAGUACUGAAAGUAUAGCCGAAGAGGGAUCCCUCGAGGACUCCGACGAGGAAUAUGACCCUCCAAUACCAGAAAAGGAAAAGCCACGGCGGCUAUCGACCAUACCAGAUGAUGAAGUGAAGAGUAAGGCUGAUGAGAAAAAUAUGCAGUCAUCGGAGGCCUCUGGUAUAAUUGUAAGUAAGUCCUCGAAGAAUGGAAAAAUCAGUAUCAAAGAAGUGCACCUUUAGUUUUUUUCUCUGUGGAUGAAAUCUUUGAGAAGGAGAGAGGUGGGACGGCUACGGCUUUUUUUCGCUCUAAUAUGAAGUCAACGAAGACGAACAACUUCAUGAGAUCUUCGGACCCGGUACUCGGAAGCACAAAUGUUAUGGAUAGGAUUUUUCAAUUGAGAAUUCACAAGCUGUUUUACCCUACGGGCUCCAUCAACAACAUCUUCCAUAGUAUCUCAAGGAUCUACGCUGACAGCAAGUCAGAUUGAUUAAGAAAGUCUGACCUGCUUACAAAGGCAGGCGCAAAGACGGCAUUAUCUCUAAAAUGAUUGCUCGAGCAUCUGGUGCUACAGCACCCUGUGGCACGACCGCGAAGCAAGAAGCAACAGCUGACGCGACAUCAAGUUCAACAGAAGAGGACGAUCUCGAUCUGGAACAUCACGGGUUUUCACCAGAAAUCAGCUGUAGGUUUGCUCGUACUGCAGGCGUGGAGACGGUUCUGUCGAGACCGUCCUGUCUCCAUUCUCAGGACGACGAGGAGUUGAGUCUAGACCAGUCGCAGUUUUUUUACGGAAGAGAAUUGGUUGCCGCUGUUUUUGGUUGUUGCUGUUUGUUGGUUGUCGCUGUUUGUUGGCAAUAUUACAGCGGAUUUCGUACAACUUCUGGUUUAGAUGCAUAAUUAUGAGCCAGGCUCCUUUAGUGCACGGUAGCAGUAGCACUUUUGAAUUUGAAGUAUGAUAGUGGAUAGCUCUACGUGUACCCUAGUAAGGUCAAAGGCCUCUAAUUUUGCCACUGCUCGACACCGCAAGCGACCGGAGCCUUCACACUGCACAAUCAGGACCUUUAUGGGAGGAAUGUGUAUGCGUCUGUAAAUAAGGAACUGAUCUAGCUACUCUUGCAGCCACUUAUUCUUAUUUCACUUAAAUAGUUUUAGUCUUGUGCGACUACCUGUUACUUUGCCUUGAUAGAAGAUACAAUGCCUUCUUCCACCUUCUUCUUCAUUACUCCACGCCGCACGAUCAUUACACGUCAUCCUGCUCGAGGAGUACGAUAUUUGAUGGCACUGCGUUCGACGGAUCAAGGAUGAGCUCAUCGUCCAAAUUGUCCUCGUCUUCCCGGAGCAGUCCAAGCACUACAAAUAAGGCCUCAACACUAGAUCCACCUUUUACUUUUAGCGCACCUGACUGUGAACUUCUGCUUGCAAGUAGAAAAAAAAUGGAAACAGUUGUACUAGAAGAUGAGGGAACAACAUCAACAUCAAAGGAUGUUGGAUUGUAGUGAGUUCUAAAGCAAGCACGACGAUAGCCCAAGUUUCUCCAGACCUGAUUGUCGAAGACCUCGACGAAGUAUCGCCGGUUUCUGCGGCUUCGGCAUCGAACAACUACAGAAAAAGCUUUCACCUGCAGGAACAUCACGAUAAAAACCUUGGAGGAACGAGUGGUGGCAAUGGGGGAGGACGCAACGGCGCGACGCAGAGUGCAAGCGAGCUGCUGCUUAGUACUGACUCCUUCUAGUGAACGAUCGUUCACCUAGACUAAUGUUCUUUUACUCAGAAUGAAAGAAAUUGAUGAAAUUCUACAAGAAAAUCAACAAAGAAGAGCUUAGUAUCGACUUCUUUCAGAGUUGCUUUCACUAACUUUCAGGUAGCAGCAUCGAGUUGAUUCCGCGAAGGAGUGGAGCAGGCUUGAAAAAUACUCGGAAUCAAAAGUCUUUCGAACUACCAAGAACCCCGAGCCGCACACCAAUCCGGUUGCCAGCAACGUAGUUUGUUUUUUUAAUACAAGGAAGGACAAGUUCAGCUUGAGCUUCAGUAAUAAAUUGCACUUCCACCACCUUUAAAGUACUUAGCCUGUAAGUUUCGUCUCUAGAUUUGUUUAGUGGUUGUGGUCCGGUCUCUCGUCCUUACUGUUGGAAGUGCAUGUUGAAAUAUUUAUCCCACGACGACCUACGUUCUUUAUGCUGCAGGUCAUCUAGCGUGGAGGUUCAGUCUGGGCAGCAGAUUUUAGCAGUCGAAGAAAAGCGCAAGAGGUUUCGAGCCUGUUCUCUAUUUAAGGCUGCCCUUAAUCCAUCCCCAUGGGGAUCCCACGACCGUAUCCGAUUCUUGAGAGAUCCCCACAGGGAUGAACUAAAGGGAUCUCUAAUGUAUCUUCUCACGCUGUUGCGAUUUGUUGCGGACCUUCGAAAGUGACGAGUGCACCGUCUUUGAUGAAGACGGCUUGA